CAUAACUGGUCUUGUAGAGAGAGAUGGGGAGACAUUUGGCUGCGUUUCACAUGAAAUCCUCCGGCUUGAGGCUCGUUACUCGGCAACGCAGCCACGACAACAAUCGAACCCUCAGACUCGCAUCUCAGACUUCACUCUGCGUCAUGCUGCACAUUUGGAAGCAUGCGAAACAUCACAUCGUCUACGAGUACUACCUGUUCCACAAGUCUUGUCCGCCGGCAUAUGCAGAUCGAGCAGUGAUAGUGUACAUAUAAUACUGCCAUUCCCACCACUGCAGUGCAUAACAGACCUCCAUCCAAUCCACAAACUAACAGUACAUACAAUACCUUUCAAGUUGCUGGUCCGGCACCAACCCCGAACAUAACUUUAGGUCUGCGUCUGCCUCAAUCAUGGCCGCAGCCACCGAGCAUUACCCUUCACGAACGCCCACAGUCAUGUCCGAAAAGCGCGUCUCAGCAUCCUACAUCAGUCCUCCUUCACCGCGCCGAAGACCAGUUCGAGCCCAGAGCACAAGAACAAGCAACGGCACAGUCAGCACGAACAUGAGUUACAAUAGCAGUUUGGGACGGUCGUCCGAGGCCACCAACAUCACACAACCGCCAUCAUAUUCGAAAAAGUUUGUGGUUGUAGGAGACGGUGGCUGCGGCAAGACAUGCUUGUUGAUCAGUUACGCCCAAGGAUAUUUUCCAGAAAAAUACGUCCCGACCGUGUUCGAGAACUACAUUACCCAAACCACCCACAAACCCACCGGAAAAACAGUCGAACUGGCACUAUGGGAUACCGCGGGACAGGAAGAGUACGACCGUCUUCGGCCCCUGUCAUACCCCGAAACCGAUCUUCUCUUCGUCUGCUUCGCCAUUGACUGUCCCAACUCCCUGGAGAAUGUUAUGGACAAGUGGUAUCCCGAAGUCCUCCAUUUCUGCCCAACCACACCCUUGAUACUCGUUGGUUUGAAAUCCGACUUACGCACCAAACGAACCUGCAUUGAACUCCUCCGCACCCAAGGCUUGACACCCGUCACACCGGAACAAGGCGCCGCGGUUGCAAAGCAGAUGGGCGCAGCCUACAUUGAAUGUAGCGCCAAAGAAUCUAGGGGCAUUCAGGAGGUGUUUGAUCUGGCCAUCAACACCGCCAUUCAACUCGAGGAGGAGAGUUAUGAGACCAAGCCUAGUCCGAAAGGAGGUGUCAAGGUCAAGAAAACAAAGAAGAGAAAGUGUGGCAUCCUUUAGAGUUGAUCGGCCGGACGGUUGGUCUGUUUGUACGCUACGCACUGAGGACAAGACACGGCUUCAUUUCUCGGGUACAAAUUGUUGAUGCUUGUUUCUUUGUUUGGCCAUUUUAGACGGGCCCUGGCUGGCUUGGCUUCGCGCAUCCUACCUUAGAUGGGCGGGCGUUGCUGCACGAGUGCAUGACCGGCGUUGCUUGGAGAUCGGGGGUUUGGGAGGAAUUGCGUUUGCUUUUGCUUUCUUGCUGUUGCCAUACGGGAUGGAGCCUUGCUAGAGUAUGAAAUCAGCAUGCGCCAAAAUUGAAAUUGAUCCAUGUUUGAACAUGAGUUUCCACAACGAGCGCGUGCUUCUGGAGAGACUGUCAAAAUGAGUACAGCUCGGCUCGGCUCAGCUCAGCGGCCACUGCUGUAAUGCUUUCCAGCAAGCCCAUUUCUGCUUUUGCUCCAAUCUCGGGCGGCCUUCUCACAUGCAUUGCAUUCAAUGCAUGGGCAGUACCUGUAUGGUCAAGUCACGUCAAGUCACGUCAAGUCAAAU